AUGAAGAUUCGCCUUUUGGCCUUGAUUUUUCUACUUGUAAUCUCCACUGCUUAUACAGAAGAGAUUCCAUCAUCAGAUAAAACCGAAAAUGACUUUCUCAGAAAUAUCGCCAGUUCAGCAGUUGAUAACGUACUAUAUAAGGAGACCAAUAAUCAAAAUAUCGACGAUAAUUCAGAUAGUCAGAGCACCGAAUCGGAUAAAGCUGAAACGGAAGAUACCAGUCUUCGCGAAGUAGAAUUUCAGGAUAACAAAGAAAUUAUUGAUGAAGAUGGUUUAACCAAGUUCGAUAAUGAAAUAGAAGAAGAUAAUUCGAAUAAGGAUGAAGACGAGCACACGCCGCGUCGUCGUCGUCGCCGAACUCCGACAAUCAAUCCUUGUACCGGUUACAUAACAAGUUUAAGACGAUGCCAAAGUUCACGCAAUGCUUUGCAAAGGCAAGUUUACAUACUAAGAAGACAAAAUAGUAUAUUGCGUCGAACAGUUUACAAUCAAGGGUUAAUCAUUCGUCGAUUAAGAGCCAAAAAUGUGCGUCUUGUUCGACAAGUGGCCUCACUUACAAGACAACUUCUCGUCAUAAGGCGACAAUAUGCCGGUCUACGAGUGUGGUGUAAUGGUAAGAUAAUCAUAUUAAAGCGAAGGAUAAAAGCACUACAAGUGCAAAUUCUCAUACUUAGGAGGAUAAUUGCUACUAAACAGGCCCAAAUCAAUCGAUUGUCUGCUGUAAUUCGUGUUAAAAAUUCGAUUAUUAAACGGCUAAAAAUAAGACUUAUUUCCAAAGAUGCCUUUAUUCGUGGUCAGAAAAUGAUAAUCGUCUUAAAAAAUCGUAAAAUUGCUUCCCUAAAAGCCCAACUAUCUAGCAAAAACAGUGCCAUUGGACGGUUACAUCAAACCAUUGCCCGUAAAGAUGGCCUCAUUCAGCAGUUAUACGGUAGAAUAGCUAAGAAAGAUCGAACUAUUUCUCAAUUGCGUACAACCAUUAACACCAAGAAUCAAGAAAUCACACGACUUAAAGGAAUUAUCUCUAAUAAAGAUCAUAAUAUUACUCAAUUGCAGCAAACUAUCAGCAAUAAGGAAACCACUAUCGAUCAAUUACGACAAACUAUAAUCGUCAAAGAUAGUCAAAUCAGCCAAUUGCAAAGUACUAUUAAAAGUGUGAAUGCAGUAAUCAAUCAAUUACGAGGUACAGUUGCCAAUCAGACUGCUACUAUCAGCAGCCUGCGACAAACUAUCGGCAGUCAAAAUGCAACAAUUCUGGAAUUACAUACUAAGGUUUUUAGUCAGACUCAACUUAUUGGCCAACUUAAUGCAACUAUAUUAAAUCAAAGAAUUCAAAUUAAUCAGUUACAUGCCGUUAUCGCUAGUAAAAAUUUCACGAUUGAUAGUCAAAGUCAACAAAUCACUGGAUUGACUGGACGUCUUAGUAAGCUAAGAGCUAGAGUACGAAGGUUAAGAUUUUCAUUACAAUCUCUAACGGCAACUGUAGGUACAUUACGACAAAAAAUUUUAAGAUUAAAUGGGAAGUAUCAAGUGUUAAAAGCCAAAAUGGAAACUCUCAAUAUCCAACAUCGACAUGUCCAAAAUGAAAAUACUCGCUUGAACUCAACUCUACAAGCUAAAAAUAGUCAGAUUGAACAAUUGAAAUUGGAUAAAAUACAUUUAAAUAAGAAUAUUACGAUAUUGAAAAAUCAGACUCGACAUUUGAAUCAAAAAUUAGAUGAUCAAAACGAAAAAUUUAAAAAUCUGACCGCAAGAUUCGACAAAGCCGAUAUUUGUUGCCAGGCUUGUAAUAGAAAACCCAUAUCCGAAAAUCCGUUUAAUGUAACAUCGUCUAGUAAUACUAAAAAUGAAGACGAAAUAGCUUUUCAAGUGAUAUCAGAAGAUGAGGUGAAUGAAGAGAAUCCAUCGGAAAAUUCGAUAGAUGAGAAGUCAUCCGGAAUUGAAUCCAAAAAGAAAGAUUCGAAUGAUGAUCUUUCUGAAAGAGAUUUUGAUGAGAAUACUUUGGAAAUGAGUUUAAUCUAG